CGGCGGUGGGGGGUGAGGUAGGAGCUUGCGGACAUGGGCGCCCGCGGGAUGGAGGACGCGGUGGUGGAGCUGGCGCCGGGCGACGGCUGUGAAAGCAGUACAGAGAGAGGAUGUGCAGAUGGUCAACCUGUGGUGAUCCUCCUGGGUUGGGCAGGCUGCCAGGACAGGCACCUGGCCAAAUACAGCGCAAUCUACAGUCAGAAGGGGUGCACUGUCAUACGCUACACGGCUCCAUGGAGGAUGAUAUUCUUCUCUGAGACCUGUGGCAUCAGAUCCCUCCAGGCCCCAGCCAAGCGACUCCUGGAGCUACUCUUUGACUACAGCAUUGAGAACAGACCCAUUCUUUUCCAUGUUUUCAGCAAUGGUGGUGUCAUGCUGUACCGCUACAUCUUGGAGAUGCUCCACUCUCACAAGCCAUUUAAAGACCUCAAAGUAGCAGGCACCAUUUUUGAUAGUGCCCCUGGCAGAAGAAACCUGAAAGGAGCCCUUCGUGCCUUUGCAACUGUCUUGGUGUCCAAGAAUGUGCUGCUCAAGUAUUUCCUCUUAUUUACUUUUGCUACCGCAGCUGCUGUGCUGCGGAUCUUCCUGUACCCAUUGACCCGCUUCAUCCACAAGAGCCACUAUGACUUCCUGCUGAAAGCACCCUCACGGUGGCCUGAGCUUUACCUCUAUUCCGAAGCCGAUGCCAUCAUCAAGGCCAGCGAAGUGAAGGACAUGGCUGAUGCCCGGCAGCAGCUUGGUGUCUCCGUGAAAGCUGUGGACUUUGCGUAUUCAGCUCAUGUUAGCCACAUGCGGGCAUAUCCCACCUAUUACAGCAGCCUCUGUACGACUUUCCUGUCUGACUGUCUUGAGGGCUCACCUCAAUAGAGCUGUAAUGAGCACCAGUGUUUGCCUCUUUGCUCAGUUGAUAUGGGAAACUUCACCCCCUUUGCCUUUAUGUGUUUGAAGGGAGGAAGGUUGAGACUUAUUAGCUGUUUGGGUUGGUUUUUUCUCUCCACCAUAUACAAGUUUGAAAGCCUCCGUGUUAUAGCAGAAGGUAGAUAAGGAUUAAUUUAAAGUACUGAAGGUGAAAUCCUAGGAUGGUUGAUGUUGAUGUGCUUUGAUGAUGACACCUGGGUGUCACAGGCCAGAAUUUCACACAGGUUGUUACUUGUUUCUUCCUGUCUCCUAUUGUUCUCUGCUUUCAUGUUGUCUCCUUGUCACUCAUGUUCAAUAUGCAUGUUCUGUUGCCUUGUGCUGAUUUUACAUGUCUUUUGCUGUUUUUUUUCUUCUGAGCCAUUUCUUUUAUCUCACAGUGAGCAAACAGAAACAGCUCUGCAGGACUUUCCUCUUGGUGCAUCUCAUCUCUUAUUAUACUCCUUGCUGGAGAUCAGGCCCAGAAACCAAGUGUAAGACCUGGAGAAGGUGUGUGCAAGGCAGUGUGACCAUACUGUCAUCUGGUUCCACUAAAUAGCUGAGAUAGAGCAGUCAAAGCUUUGAUCCUUGUUGAGAGCUCAGAUGUUUGUGGUAACUUUCGUGUUCUUCAACCAAAACAUUGAAGUUAACCUUUUUGAAUGUCUCGUGUUUGUUUCUCUUCCUUCCAGUCUUUUGUGUGUUCUCCUGAGUAGUUUUAUUUCGUAGGAAAACUGCUCAUUUGUUAUUGUUGGUCUUUGAGCAGCCCAUAUUGUGCAUUGGGAAAUGCAGGGAAACUGGCACAGCUGCAACCCAAAAGACCUCAUACACAGCAAGGUGGAACUACACAGAGAAAUGAAACUGUCUCUUGGAGUAAUGAUUUAUGCUGCUGUUUCUUAAGUCACUUCCAGCCCACAAAUGACCAUGACAUUCAAUGUUUUUCCCCAUAAUGUUCUCUUCAGAUGAUCAGUCUUUGCUGCCCGUGCAGCAUGUACCAGUAAUACAAGAAAUGAAUUCUUUCCAUCUAGUGAAAAAGUAGCUCAUUGCACUGCACUUCAGCCGUGUUUGGUUUUGGGGUUUGUUGUUUCUUUGUGGGAGAAGCAGGGUUAAAGACAGAGGAGAACCUGCUAAUAUGUUUGUUUACGUCCUGUCACACCAUUGCCAGUUAAUUAACCUUGUGGUGGACAGGAUUAGCCAACUUUAAAUUCCCAGUCCAAGAUUGCCAGGAACAGGCUGCGGAGGGCUGUGAUACGGGCUUGUUUGAGCAAGGAACUGCCCUUGAGAAGUAGGAACAUAAAAAGUAUGAGGAUUUUUAUGGCGGUUUGCUGCCUGUGGGCUGCUGUGCUUGUCUUGCCCACCCUUGGGGUGCUGUCACCUACAAUUAUAAAGCAUUUGCUGUUCUGAAUCGAAAUGCAGAGAUGGAGGUCUCUGUGGAAGCACAGGGUGGGUUGUGCUCAGCAGCCAGCACCGCUGUUUUUAGCAGGCUAGUGUGGCAGCACUUAUGUAAAGCAAAGAGUAACCCCAUGUUGGGCAUGGCUGUAAAGGAUGUACUGGGGUGUGUAGGUGAUAAUUAACUGAAAAGGUGUUGAUGGCUUGGUUUAUCUUCAGGUUUUUUUUAAAGCAAGAACUGGCUCCAAGCACAGGAGUCCUUGUUGCUCAGGGUUGUCUUCUGUAGGUGUGAUCCCAGUUUCAGGUGCCACUGUGAAGAUGAGCUGUGGUUACCCUGGGUAAAAUAAUCCAGCCUGCUGCUUCUCCAAACUCCCUCGAGUUUGGGCCUGUAAAAUCCAGGCACGGUCCCCUAUACCCAGAAAGCUCAUCAGAGAUCUCCCAGCUUUCUAAAGCAGGCCCCUGGUUUGUGCUGUCCGUGCUGUAGCUGCUGAGCUGUGCUCUGCCUGCCUUCCCAGGAUCUGCGCUGUGUCUGUUAAGCAUCCAGCCUGUUUGCGGCACUGCGAGAGCUCUUAGGGAGCGGAGGUGGUAAAAGGUUAUUUGAGUAGCACUUGCCCUCAUGCUGGUUUCUAUGGGUUCGGUAUUUACAGAACAGUUAAACACUCCAUAACAUUCGCCUCUGGAUUAAUACAGUUGUGCUGGGCUGGGAAUCUGCUGUUCCUGUUUAUUGCUCUGGGUGUUGGAACUUCUCCUGUUUAAGGACUUGGGCUGUUGCAGAGCAUGGCUGGCAGGAGCCGGAGCUAAACCCUCUGCCUCUCUGCAACAGGAUGGUGAGGUUCCCUCUGGGAAGAGCCUCGCUGGUUUCAGCUCCACCUUCCAUCCCCACCUUCACCUCCCCACCAUGGGAUUGCUGCUUCCUUAAUUCAGCCCAGCUCUGCUCCAGCUCCCCACUUCCCCUGGCAGCAGGCAGGGAGCGGGUGCUGGAGCUCUGCAGUUGGAAGGGCCCUGGGCUUCACAGGCAGGAACUUGCUCAUGGGCAUUUCCACUGCUGCAAAACUGCCUUGAGAUCAGGGCUGGUCACUGUACACACCUCUCUAAGAGCAGGGGUUUCUGGAGCAAGUCAGUGAUUUACAGAGGCACCAUCAGCACCACUCUUCUGGGUAGGUUUCGUUUUCUGUGUCCCAGCAAGUUUUAAUGAUGAUUAUGAGCAGUGUGUUAAACGUACUGUCUGUCUGAUAUAUCACCACCUUCCUUCCUAUGCAGUACGUAUGCUCACCCUCCCCUUUCUGCCCUCUUUAUUUCUGUUGCUUUUUAUUUAAAACAGAAGGUUAAUAAGUUGGAGCCUGAAGGCACAUGGCCAAGAACUGAUCCAAGCACUACUGGAUUCAAAAAAUCCAGCCUCAAAUGCUUAAUCCUUGCUAAACUGUCACGGUUUGGUGCAGCCCGAGUUCCUAAAGAGCUUCAGCCUGAACGCUGAAAGCCAAAGGUUGGGAUAUCUUGGCAAAUCCAAGUAAAUAUCUGACAGGAGCUGUGGGAGGGUAUUUCAGAUGUGGUCUUGGGGAGGGAAAAUGCAGCAUCCCUGGGCUUGCCUUGCGGGAUGGGAGUGGGAUAUGGCACCAGUGAUCGCUGCUGGAGGGUGCCCUUGCAGCCAGCGUGCCCCACAGCAGUGGGAGAGGCUGCAGUGGGGACUGGUGCAGACCAGGGGCAUGAUCCAGCCCAGCCAGGGGUCACGUUUUGGAGCAGGAGGGAGCAUCUUGCAGCACAACUAAUUCAAAACAGGCCCCUGAGCAAAGACUGACCUGUGCCUAAUAAAGGUGUUGUUUUAAAA